AUGGCCGCCGAGGGGCCCGGGGCGGCCGUGCCCGCCUGCCUGCAGGGCAAGGGCCCCGGCGAGCGCGCCGCCAUCCUGCACCAGCACCUGGGCCGCAGGGAGAUGACGGACGUGAUCAUCGAGACGCUGCAGCCCCGCGCAGAUGCAACUAAAGCUGCUAUGGAAGAGAGAAAACCGUCGGAGGCCGCGUCUGCCGAGGACAAGAGUAAACAGGAGGAUCAAAGCAAAGAGCGCGGGGCUGCUCCAGACUCGCCCUCCAAGCAGCUCCCCGACCAGAUUUCCUUCUUCAGCGGGAAUCCGUCAGUCGAAAUAGUUCACGGCAUCAUGCACCUGUACAAAACAAACAAGAUGACCUCCUUGAAGGAGGACGUCAGGCGCAGCGCCAUGCUCUGCAUCCUCACCGUCCCUGCUACCAUGACCAGCCACGACCUGAUGAAGUUUGUGGCCUCCUUCUACGAAGUAAUCGAGCACAUGAAGAUCAUCAGAGACUCUACACCCAACCAGUACAUGGUGCUGAUAAAAUUUAGCUCGCAGGCUGAUGCAGACAGCUUUUACAUGGCGUGCAACGGGCGGCAGUUCAACUCCAUAGAGGAAGAUGUUUGCCAGCUGGUGUAUGUGGAAAGGGCUGAAGUCUUCAAAUCAGAAGAUGGAGCCAGCCUGCCUGUGAUGGAUCUGACAGAGCUCCCGAAGUGCACGGUGUGCCUGGAGAGGAUGGACGAGUCUGUGAACGGGAUCCUUACCACGCUGUGCAACCACAGCUUCCACAGCCAGUGUCUGCAGCGCUGGGAGGACACCACGUGUCCUGUCUGCAGAUACUGCCAAACGCCUGAGCCAGUGGAAGAGAACAAGUGUUUUGAGUGUGGAGUUCAAGAAAACCUGUGGAUCUGUUUAAUCUGUGGGCACAUCGGCUGCGGGCGCUACGUGAGCCGCCACGCGUACAAGCAUUUUGAGGAGACCCAGCACACCUACGCCAUGCAGCUCACCAACCACAGGGUCUGGGACUACGCCGGCGAUAACUACGUCCAUCGACUGGUUGCCAGCAAAACUGAUGGGAAGAUAGUUCAGUAUGAGUGUGAGGGAGAUAUGUGUCAGGAAGAGAAAAUUGAUGCCUUACAAUUAGAGUACUCAUAUCUGCUAACAAGCCAGCUGGAAUCGCAGCGAAUCUACUGGGAAAACAAGAUUGUCCGGAUAGAGAAGGAUACGGCUGAAGAGAUUAACAACAUGAAGACCAAAUUUAAAGAGACCAUUGAGAAGUGUGACAGUCUGGAACAGAGGCUGAAUGACUUGCUCAAAGAAAAGCAGUCUGUCGAAAGGAAGUGUUCUCAGCUGAAUAACAAAGUGGCUAAACUUUCCAAUGAACUGAGAGAGGAGCAAGAACUGAACAAGUGCUUGCGAGCGAAUCAAGCCCUGCUUCAGAACAAGCUGAAGGAGGAGGAGAGAGCAUUGAAGGAAACCUGCGAACAGAAGGACCUGCAGAUCUCGGAAAUCCAGGAGCAGCUGCGCGACGUCAUGUUCUACUUAGAGACACAGCAGAAAAUCAAUCACCUCCCGGCGGAGACGCGGCAGGAGAUCCAGGAAGGACAGAUCAACAUCGCGGUGGCCUCUUCGGCCRGCGCCUCCACGGCGGGCACGGGAAAGCCGAGCGCCAGGAGAGGCCGUGGGAAGAGGGGCAAGUGAGCGCCGGGACGCACCGCUCCGGCUUGGACACCAGCUGCCAACACCUGGCGCUGCCGAGCUCGGGAUCCUCUUCAGAGCUUCUCAUAAAACUGGUUGCCAGUCGGGGAGGUGUCUGUGGUAUUUAAAAGCAUUUCCCUGCACUGUUUAGCUCUUUUUAGGCACAUCUUGGUGACCGUUUUGGCCUCCCAACCUUUCCAAGCCCCUGCUACCCUGUGUUUGACUCUUCUGGGAGGCUGUGCAGUUCUGGGGUCAUCAUGGUCCCCAUGGGGAUGCUAUAGGCUAGGCCUAGGGCUUAAGGCUUCCUGAGCCCUUCUUCCCCGCCUCUUUGGAUUGCAGAUCCAUUAGUACAUAGUUUUAUUUAAGAAAUGAUGUGAAUUGGACUGUGUACAUUUUUAGUGCACACAGUCCAGAACCUGCAGAGUUGCUAGUGCAGGAGGAGGACUGUAGCUCGGAAAUAAAAUGGAGUGUGGUGUGGAAAAUAAACUUAGUGGUGUAAGAAAGUUAAAUGAGUCCUGGAGGGCCCUAUCUAGGAUAUUAAAUGCUUUACGGGACUUUGAACUGCUAUUUCUUCUUUCUAAAUAUGGCCUCUAAAGGCCAGUGCUGGCCACCGUGGGGGUGGAGAGUGCAGAAGGCUCCCUGCUCCAGCACUUGUUAACGUGGUUGUUUUUCAGGUGUUUCUUUGAGCAGAACCUUCCCUGUGAAGACUGAGCAGAAACGGCCUCAUCCCAAUCCCCCGCAUGGGAUGUGGGUGCUCCCCUCUGCUCCCRGGAAUGUGGUGGGGUGGGUUCUGUGCCCGGGUGGGAGGAUAGGGCCUUUCACAGCGUGGCUUCCCCGUUUUAUCCCACCUGGAGAAGUGGGUGUCCUUGCUGCCUUGUGCCCCCUGGAACGUGGGUGUUGGAGGCUGCUCCUUGGCCGGGGCUGUUCCGCAGUUGUCUCCCUGGAUUGUGGCCUCAUCCUGGCGGUGUCAGAGCGACAGUGCUGGAAGCCCCAGCCCAAAACAGCAGAACACCAGACAGCUCUUCUCUUGACUUGACAGAAAGGAAGGAGAUGCAAUAAAUAUGAGCACUCUAGUAAGGUGAGUCUUACUUAAUCUGCUUGGUGACUGCACUGACAGGCAGAUUCCUUUUGGGAGGCAUUAAGCUUCCUUACCUUGAAAUAUACGGCUCUUGUUAAAGGCCCUCGCUGCAUCCAUUGCUUUGGUUUGAAGAUGUGUCCUGAUCACCUGGAACUUCUCCCUUUUCUAAUUUUGUAGCAUGAAUGUACACCAACUCUUUAGCGUGGGGAUUGUGCAACCAGGCCUCUGCCUUCUGUAAAAUACUCUAAAGAGCUAGAGAUGUACAACACGGCUUGCUCUCCUAUAGAAACUAUUUUAUUUAAGAUAUAUUUUUACACCAUCCAAGAUGCUCCUACCUUUUGCUGAAAGCUUGC